CGACGUUUUACCUUGGAUGCACUUUGAUCGAAGUGAAACGGUUAAUUCUCACUCCAAAAGUUCCUCUGAGAGGUCUCAGUUACGGCUGAACUGGAUUGGCAGCAGCAUCUGUUGCUCUCCGACACAUGCGCAGCGCAGAGGAAGCAGAUGUCUAGUCCCGUCGGGGUAUCGCUGCGUUCCGCUUAGCUCAUCGAUUGUUUGCUUUCAGGCAACGUACUCUGGUGGGACUCACGGAGCCCUCGGCGGCCGGCAAGAACGUUUGAUUAAGACAUUUGUGAUCUCCAUGGCUUCCACCUGGGAGAAGAUAAGAGAUUUUUAUGACUGGGCUGUAGAAAAUGGAGACAAGAGGACUGACCCUUGGUUCCUGGUUUAUUCACCCAUUCCUGUUUUUGUGACAUUCAUUAUCUACCUUCUAAUCUGCAAAUAUGGACCGAAGUACAUGCUGAGUCGAGAACCAUUCAAUCUGAAAUAUAUACUCAUUGUUUACAAUUUUGCCCUUGUUGCAAUUUCAGCUUACAUUUUCUGGGAGUUCCUAGUGACAUCAAUUCGUGCAAACUAUAGCUAUCUUUGUGAGCCUGUGGAUUACAGCAACAGUGAACUUGGAUUACGGAUGGCAAAUGUUUGCUGGUGGUUUUUUUUCUCCAAAGUCAUUGAACUGAUGGAUACAGUAUUUUUUAUUCUGAGGAAAAAGCACAAUCAGGUCACAUUUCUUCAUGUUUACCAUCAUGGUACAAUGAUUUUCAAUUGGUGGGCAGGAGUGAAAUAUGUACCAGGGGGACAGUCCUUCUUCAUUGGUUUGUUGAACUCCUUUGUGCACAUUGUGAUGUACCUGUACUAUGGCAUUGCUGCUAUGGGGCCACACAUGCGCAAGUACCUGUGGUGGAAACGUUAUCUCACAAUGCUUCAGCUGCUCCAGUUUUAUGGCAUCGCUGUGCACACUGCCUAUAACCUCUUUACAGACUGCGACUUCCCAGAUGGGUUUAACCUUUUCGUCUUCAUCUACAUCAUCACUAUUAUUAUUCUGUUCACCAACUUUUAUUAUAAAACCUACAUCCAGAAAAAGACAAAAAUAGCAUAAAUCCUGCAGACUACUUUUAAUUCCCUGAACUAUCUGUAACAAAGUCUCAUGUCAAAUGCAACUGUUUAAUUUUUUAGUGUGGGCGGUGUGGUAGAAAAGGUUUUGUAUUUUAAUACACGUUCUUCAUCAUUGCAGAAAACGGGCUUGUUGAUCACUUGCUGCUCCCGUCCCUGCGUAUCAAAGAUAUUAGUCUGUUAUUUGGAUUUCCCUUUUGCAAACUCGCAACAACCACCUUAUCGCUGCUAAGCGUGAUUUUAUUUUUUUGAAACAAAUGAUUCAAUCAAGUUUUUUUUUAAGAAAGGUCAUUGGAAUUGGUGGUUCCGUAAUGUAUUGAGGCUUCCAAUUCCAUGGAAUCUGUUCUCUACAUGGUCCAUAGUGACUUUCCUAUGCCAGGGACUGUUCUGCAGAAGCCUGCAUGUCAACAUUUGCUUUGCUGCCCCUAUGCAGGUAGUUGCACUGAGAAAGGCUGUCACAUGUACCUACAUCAUGGCUGCAGCUUAAACCACAGCACCAGAGAGGCAGCAUAAUGAGGUAAACAAGGCAUUUCAUUUAGCCAACACUGAAUAAUUAGAAUUCUGCUGCAGCUGCCAUGAAUUGCACUUCCAACACUUUUUAAUGUAAAUCUCUAAUUUCUGUUCAUUACUCGUGCUAAAUUUCACUCCAUUACUCAUAUGUCAUGAGCACUCAUCACCAGGAAAAUUCUUUACUCUUGCAUGUGUUACAGAUGCAAUUAUAAUGAAGUUUAAGUAGUGAUGAACUGUUUGUGCAGCUCCUUUAUGUUUGUAUUCAUAGGACUUUUAAUGUAGAAUUCUUUUCUGAUAUAGUUUGGGGAAGCAAAUAACAGCACAAAAGCAGGUUAAUGCUGCAAUAAAUGAUUUUAUUAUUUAUAUUUCUGCUAAACUUUACACAGUUAUUUUUGGCUAAGUUAAAAGACUGUCAGAAGCUAUGUGGCCAAGCACUGCAACUGAAGAAAAUUUUGCUUUUGGGUGGUCUGUUAAUACUGUGCAAAUGUGCCUUUCCAAUGCAUGGAAAUUUCCAGAAUUUCACCAAAAAUACUGCCACAUUUUCCUAUUUUUCAAUAUCUUGCACCUUUUGUACAAGAGGGAAAGUGGUGUUUCAGGAAAAUAUGAUAUAGGCUUUGAUGUUCAUUUGUUAUUGUUCUUCAAAUGAGUUAACCUAGAUGGUCAGUAUGUGGACCCUGAAUAUGGUGAAUUCUAAUGUAUGUGGGGAUAUGCUUUAUAGCCCGCAUUGGGCUGAAGCACAAAUGCCUAUUGCACUGAAUUGCUUUUGUAAUAAUGCUUUUAAAUGUAUAUCUUUAUUGCAUUUGCUUUGAGAAGGAAUAACCCUGAAAUGAUGAUUUUUGUUUUGCUUUGGAAUUUCAAUAGUGAAUGAAUAUUGAAAUACCUACAGACUUCUUGUAAGUGCAGUGCUACUACUUAGUUGAAGGUCCUGUUGUGUUCACCUUGUAGAAAAUAAUCCUGUUUUUCUGUACUCUGGUUUGCUUGACUGAGAUUGGCGCUUGUGCUUUUUAAAAAAAAAAGUCCAGUAGUGUUCCAUUUUAAAGUGUUAUUAAGCGGAACAAAAAAGGUGAUUCUCUGCCCAUGUGCACCUGACCAUGGAACCUUUUGUACUCUGUGAUUAAAAAGGGUGCUGUGAAAAUUCAUUCUACAGCUGAUGAGUUAAGCCAUAAAACUUAGUGAAUCUUGUUUCCAGUUGAAUUCCUGUCCCAAAGUAAAAAUGUGUGCUAUCUCUUUGUGGUUCAAUCUCCACUGAAUUUUGUGUUCUCAACUUUGAAAGUGUCAAUAAUGCAUCAGUUUGCCUCAGGCCCCUUGAGUUGUACACAUGAUCAAAGGAAGAAUGGAAAUUUUGUUCUAACAGCCUCUUGCUUUAUCUCUCUGGAUGCAUCUUCAGCUUUGCAAUUAUUGGUGUGCCUUCUAACUGGUUAAGUAUUAUUCCUGAAUUUCCCAUUAUUUUCAUUCGCCUUGACAAGAUCACUUCAUUUGUUACUUGGUCAAGACCUGCCGAGUUCAAUAUUUUCACCAUUGCUGUACUGCUUGACUCCAAGUCAAGCCUCAAAUUCUGCUCUCCAUCAUGAUCAGUUUUUAUUUUCUGCAGUCUGUCUGCACCUGGAUCUUUUUCUCAUUACUAUCCACGGCUUUAUCAGCACCUGGCUUUAGCUUUUCAGGGUGGCUGAAUUGCUUAACAUCUGUUCUGUUAUUCCUUGCUGAUCUCUGUUCUGCACGUCCAGAACUCCAUUGCUGCUCUAGCAAAUCUCUUCAAGGCAUGGCCUUUCCCGACCUCUGAAAUUGGUAGAAGGAUUAAACCGGAGGCAAAGAAUUUUUUUUUCUUUCAUAGGGGUGCAGAACUCGCCUGAAAUGGUGGUAGAGGGAGAAACCUUCACUUCAUUUAGGAAGUACCUUGUUGUGUCCUCGAAGAGCCAUGAACUACAGAGCUGGAAGGUGGAAAUAAGUUGCUUUUUUUUAAACAAAUGAGUUUUUGUGUCAUAAAUUCUGUUAAGGUGAGACAAAGGGAUAGAAUCACACUUUCUGCUUUGUCUCCUGACCUAUCAAUUUAUUUUGCUAUUUAUCCCCACCAAUUAAAGCUGGAAAAUAUGUUCUUCCAUGCUUUCAUCACUUCACCACUUCUAUUUCCUGCAUUCUGUUUACUUGCCCUCCCCAUACUGAAAUUGCCAUUAAAAAUGGUGAUAUAGGGGGAAAAUUGGCCAUUGUUCCUGCUUAUGGCUUGUAUUUCUAGCAAGUGACCAGUGGAGAGGAUUACGUAAAUACCAAGUAAGAAUGAGGUUUGCAAUGGACUCUGGCACUUUUCUCUUCCCAGUUGUUAAAUACCUCCUAAAGGCACUCAGUUGACAAUCAGAUGCAAGUUGGGUGAAACAUAUGAAGACAUCCAAUUGCUGUUUCUCUCAAAAGAAAGGAAUGAUUGAAAAUGGGAUAAAACAGUCUAUCUUUCCCUCAAAUGGACCUCUCCUAGCCCUUGUCUGAAUGUACGUUAAUGAAGAGCAAAAAUUGGGGAGCUUGUAUAUGCAGUGAAACAGCAUAUUAACUCAAGGACUAAUAGAGUAUGGGUAUGUUUCAAGAGGGUAUUUAAUAAAUAGAAUUAUAGACUAAAUUCAGAGUUAAGUUUUGUGAAGACUAUCAUCAUGGAGUUUGCUAAUGAAGGAUUUUCCAUUGGCCUUGAAAUUGUUCUGCAACAAUUUUAAGCAUAAUCCUUUUAAUUCUUGUACAGUGUUUGUAACAUAAAGCAAGCAUUUGCAAGUUUAUUUCAUGGAAUUUAAAGUAAUUGGCAGAAAGGAGAUGAGGAAAGUAACUUUCAUUCAGAGAGUGGCAGAGGUCUCAAACUCAAUACCUGAAAGGGUGGUAGAGGCAUAAACCCUCAUUACAUUUGGAAAGUCCCUGAACACCUACUUGGUCCACUGUAGUACAUUUCAUGGCUCUUCAAGUGGUAGAAGGUGAGAUUAGUAGCUCUUUUUCAACAGGCACAGAUCUCAUUCUGUGUUGUAAUUUUUUUUAUGAUCGUUUGUUCAUUCACUGGACCUUAUUUUCAGAAAUCUCUGUUAAUAGGAGUAAGCUGAAAAAGCACAAAAGAAACCCUGCAGCAUGCUGUGGGUACCAAGUUCAAAGAUGAAGACUACUGCUACAAUGAAGGAGCUAAUGACUUUAUAGCUUUUAAACAGAUUUGUGCUAAAAAUCUGGAGAGAGCAGUAUCUCUGCCAAAAAUACUUAGCCUAUCUUGUAGGUGUUGACUGAUCUUAUCACCAUUUGCAGCAUUUUUUUCAAUCUUUUUAAAUUCCAGCAAUCCAUUUUUUGUAUUAAUACUCUAAGGUAGAAAAUGUUUUGUAAAUUAACUUCUUUAUAAAACGGUAGAAAGUUCAUUUAUCUAGCAGAUAUGUAAUGGAAAAUAAGUGUCCUAUUUGAUGCCGUACAAUUAACAAUGCACUUAAAGCAGUGAUGCACAAUGGGAUGCCUUCUGAAUGAUUUGUGGCUUAUAAUCCCAAAAAAGGAGGCUGGUCACUUUUAUCAACACUGUAAUGAAUUGUGUAAUUAACCAGACUUCUGGUUUAAAUUGUUAUUGGUUUUCUUUUUGAUUCCAUUCUGCUUUUUUCCAUCCCCCUCCAAUAAACACAAGCAAAAUAAUCCGUCCUCCUGCACUGCACACACUUGAGACCUGCUUGCUAGUGCUGGUGCUCCUGAGGCAUAGUGCUGCUUAAUAGAUUAUGGUAGACUAUUGUGUUUCUGCACCACCUUGCACCAUUUUUAAGGCCGUCCUGGUGAAGGAUGUAUUGGAUAUUUUGCCUUGUGUAAGCUAAGAAGUAUGCAUGAUCACAUUAACAGCCAAAGGAACUAUUCACCACUGGCUUAUGCUACUUAGAAGUGGUAUGCAUUAGGGUUAUUUCCACUUAGUGUAAGGGAUUCUGAAUGUCUAAUUAAGAGGCUGAAAUACUACUGAGCUGUGCCAGAAACUGGAGCAAGACCUGGAAUCCCAGCUGAAAUAACUAAGUUGUAGUUCUGUGGGUAUUAUGUGUAUUGUGUUAGUCUGGAUCUGUUGUGCAGCAUGUGAUACAUCUGCAGUGGGUCAAGAAUUUGACGUGUAGCAAUGGAUAAGUAAUGCCUGGAAUUUGGAAUGUUUGAACAGCAUUGAGUUUGUUGUGCCCAAGAACUUUAUGAAUGCUUGUUACAAAUCCUCUGGACAAAUUGUAUGGCAAGGGUAAAAAUACUGAAACCAUGGUUAAUUUAAGUAAUUUUACCAAAAUGUAACAGUAUUUUAAGAUUCACCAGAAUCAAAACAUUGUAAGAAGUAUUUGUUUUCUUUGCGGAAGUUUGUAUUGAUUAUUGCACUUGAAGAAAAUUUUUUUUUAAAUACUGAUCAUGUUAAAGCUGCAGGACUAAUAGCAAACAUUAGAGCUGUCAAUAACUUCAGACUGAACAGAUAAAGGAAUUAAUAUUUUAUUUUUUCCAUAUGCCUUCAUGUGGUUUCAAGUGAUAGAGACGUAUCUCUGCUAAAAUCACAAGUAGGAGACAUCAGUGGCCUCUCCCAUUGUUACUCUAUUUCCCCCACACACACAUCCCACCCCCUCCCCCCACCGCACCCAGCUGGGUAGUAUGAGUGAAAAUGAAAUUUGACUAAGAAUUAUUACUUGUCCCUUUUGUUCUUCUGUUGUUUGGACAUCUUGAAUGCAUUCUCAUUUUAUGUGAUUUUUAAACUCCAGAGAUUAAUGUUAAUCAUUCAGUGAAAGCCCAAAUAUGGGUUAAAUUGAAACCCUUUGUCUUUUAUGUUUGAUGUGCUGCCUGCAAAUAUUUUGCAACCAUUUUGUUUAAUGGCUUAUUAUGUUUCCAAGUUUUUCAUUAAAAGCUAAUGAUUCACUCA